UGGUGCAGAGCCUUGUAGAGGGAGAAAGACAGUCUAGAGAGAGAGAGGGCUCUUUCUUUUCUCUCUCUAAGUUCGGGGACUGGGAAAUGUGUCAAAUAUCUGGGGUGGGAAGGUGGUGAUUGAAGGGGCGUUACACCACAUUGGGGUAGGAGGAGAGAGGGAGAGAGAUAUGCUUGUUGAUAUAAAUUCUGCCGGAUGAUGGCGAUAUUGGUGAUGGCAACGGAAUGGUGCUGUUCUCUUUUCCGGCCUUCUGUUCGUCUUCCCGUUUGAAUUCCGUAGCUGGGUAUUGUUCUAUGGUUGCUGGUGACUGGUGGUGUGUUGAGUCGAGAGAGAGAGAGGAUGAUGGGAUGGGGUGGUCAGGAGGCAAACAGGGGAUGUGGAAGUGGUGGUGGUGGUCGUCGUGAAGAGAGCACGGACAGAAGUUCUCAUUCGUUAGGUAGUAACAGGUACGAGCUUUAGAUGCAGAUGAUUUUCUUUAUAGUGAGCUGUGGCAUGCCUGUGCUGGUCCCCUCGUUUCCAUGCCGAAGGUCGGGGACCUGGCUUAUUACUUUCCUCAAGGACACAUGGAGCAGUUGGAGGCUUCUACAAACCAAGGGGCAGAGACUCAGUUGCCUAAAUAUGAUCUACCUUCUCAGAUCCUCUGCAGGGUGGUGGAUAUUAAGCUAUUGGUAUCUCUCUCUCUCUCUGUCUGUCCGUCUGUUGCAGUGUGCAUGGAGUGUUCGGAAAAAUGGGGGAAUCUUUUGCAUGUGCAUGCUCAGAUAUGUAUGAACGCUUCAUGUAUCACACUUGCUGAAGCAGACACAGAUGAGGUAUACUCGCAUCUGACAUUGAUCCCUGAGCCAGAGAAAGAUGGACUCGUAAAAGAAGAGAGCACAAAAGGACAACCUGUUAGGCCCCGUGUAUAUAGUUUUUGCAAGACGUUGACUGCCUCAGACACAAGCACCCAUGGUGGAUUCUCGGUCUUGAGGCGACACGCUGAUGAAUGUCUUCCUCCAUUGGACAUGUCGCAACAACCGCCGACACAGGAGCUUGUUGCAAAGGACUUGCAUGGCACCAGCUGGCAUUUCCGGCAUAUCUUCAGAGGACAGCCAAGAAGACACCUGCUUACCAGUGGUUGGAGUGCAUUUGUGAGUGCCAAGAGGCUCGUAGCGGGCGAUGCAUUUAUUUUCAUUAGAGGUGAAAAUGGUGACCUUCGAGUUGGUGUACGUCGUGCCAUGCGUCAACAAGGCACUUCUUCCUCUGUCAUUUCAAGUCAGAGCAUGCACCUGGGUGUAUUGGCAACAGCAUCUCAUGCAAUUUCUGCUGGCACAAUCUUCAGUGUCCUAUACAAGCCUAGGACCAGCCCGUCUGAAUUUAUAAUACCGUAUGGAAAGUAUUCAGAGUCGAUGAGAAACACCUACUCAAUUGGGAUGAGGUUCAGAAUGAGGUUCGAGGGUGAGGAGGCUUCAGAGCAAAGAUUUACAGGAACUGUAAUUGGGAUAAGUGAUGUUGAUCCGAGCAGGUGGCCUGGUUCAAAAUGGCGAUGUCUCAAGGUGCAUUGGGAUGAAGCAUCUGUGGUUGCACACCCUGACAGAGUUUCACCUUGGAAGAUUGAGCUUUCUGUUGCCCCUACUACAGUGAAUCCCAUACCAGUGCCACGAACCAAGAGACCUCGCUUGAGUGUAACAUCUUCAGCUCCUGAUCUUUCUGCCCUUGGUAAUGAUGUGCCUCAGGCUGAUGAAUAUCAAAAAGCCUUGCAAGGUCAAGAAAUGAUGACCUUGAAUCGAUGCGUCAUGGACAAUAAUGGGCAUGAUAAGUCAAGAAAGUUUGUUCCCUGGUCUCCAAGAGCAAAAAAGCACAAUGUGAUAGUUGACAAGAGCCAUACGAAAAUUAGGUUAGAUAACUGGGUUCCCUUGGGACAUGAAUCUAAUAACAUGGCAAACUUUUCUGGCGAAGCUAUUCAUCCAUUUUCAAGUACUCAGGAAGUUGCUGUUUCAAAACCUCAGUUGGAGUCACCCAACGGCAGAAGUGAUUCUAGUUUGAGAAAGCCUGUACCUGUUAAGAGAGGCUUCAAUGCAAUUGGCGAUGGGGGGGAAUGGCACCUUCCUUUGUUCUCAUGUUCACGCUAUCAAUGUGCUGUACCUGCUACUGAAUGGAGUUAUAAGGGCCUUGAUCGGUUGAACUUGAGCAUCACCAAGGACGAUUCAGCAGGACGGCCUGUCGAGUCCAGUGCACUCAAGCUUUUUGGUCAAAUGUUAGUAGGCUCUCAAGAUAGUUUUGAGAAUAUAGCAGGCCCAGAAUUGGCUUCUCAUUGUUGUCAAGCCUCUGAUGUUAUCAAGCAAUCCAGAGUACUUUCUCCAGCAGCAAUGCACUUAGAACCUGAUCUGGCUUCAGAAAGGUCAAAGACAACAAAGUCAAUGGACACUUCGGGUACUGUUUGUGAACAGAAGGCCUGCAGCCGUAAGACUUCAAAAGAGACGACCGGCAGAACUUCUCGCACUUUAACUAGAAGUUGUACUAAGGUUCACAAGCAGGGAAGUGCUCUUGGAAGAUCGGUGGAUCUGACAAAGUUUGAUGGUUAUAAAGAGCUCAUCUUGGAACUUGACCGUAUGUUUGAAUUCAAUGGAGAUCUGGCUGAUCCAAGCAAGGGGUGGCAGGUGGUGUAUACUGAUAAUGAAGGGGACAUGAUGCUGGUUGGUGAUGAUCCUUGGCUGGAGUUCUGUGCCAUAGUUCGGAAAAUAUCCAUCCACACCCGUGAGGAAGUGCAGAACAUGAAACCAAGAGCUCACAGUUCAAAGUCUGGCGAUGUAGUCGGUGAACUGGUUUCCACGGUGGCACAUUCUAGCUCUGAUGCCAAGAGCUGCUAGCUUCAAUGAUGAUUACGAAGCCACUAGCGUGCUACACCAUUCACUUACGUGCGCUGAAGCUGGUGUUACAAGGCUGGAAAAUUAUGUCUAUCAGGUGGAUAAAUUUUGGAGAUAAAACAGUUUUUUUUUGUCGGCUUCGUUGGAAAUGAGCUGCAUACUUUUUUUAUUGAUGGAGAGAGGUGGCAGGAUUCGCCUAGUCCAGAACCCAGUUUUGCAUCAGUGGGCUGUCACUCCCUUAUAAGUGGGGAGAUGUCCUGUAAAUUUCUAACAACGCUGCUAUAUAGUUAAAGUAUAUGGUAUGCAUAAGCAUGAAUAUAUGUUUUUCCCAUUUUCAUUUUUCUGUUUGUAUAUGAUGUAUGUGAAUAAUAUCCAUAUGCUUUUAUAUGUGAAUAAUCUAGUAGAAUUCAUGUUUCUUUUCUA